AUGAGGUUCAACUGCAUCAUCGGGCCCAAUGGAUCAGGAAAAUCUAACAUAAUGGAUGCUGUUAGUUUUGUGAUGUGUGAAAAGACAUCUAAUUUGCGAGUUAAAAGUGUUCGAGAACUUAUUCAUGGAGCACAUGUUGGAAAACCAGUUUCUUCUACAGCUAGUGUGAAGAUAGUGUAUUGUGAAGAAGAUGGGGAAGAAAAAACAUUUUCAAGAAUUAUUCGUGGUAAUUGUUCUGAAUUUCUUUUCAAUGAUAAAGCUGUCAGCCGAUCUACUUACAUAUCUGAGCUUGAAAAAGUAGGCAUACUUGUCAAAGUUAGGAAUUGUCUCAUUUUUCAGGGAACAGUAGAAUCAAUUGCAAUGAAGAAGCCGAAGGAGAGAACUCAACUUUUUGAACAAAUCAGUAAUUCAUGGGAAUAUGCCGAAGAAUAUGAACAAAAAAAGAAAAAAAUGCAGCAAGCAGAAGAGGAUGCACAGUUUAAUUAUAACAAGAAAAAAAGUGUUGCAGCAGAACGCAAACAAGCAAAGAUAGAGAAAGAGGAGGCAGAGCAUUACCAGAUGCUUCUCAAGGAACUGGAUGAAGAAAGGAUACAGAUGAAGCUUUUCCGGCUUUAUCACAAUGAAAAAAACAUUUACUUUCUGAAAAAAAGUUGGGAUGAAAAGAAUAUGGAGGCUAGUAUCAAGAAGGAGUCUCUUUCUACAGCUGAAGAUGCAUUUAGAGCCAAGAAAAAAGUGGUUGGUGUACUAAACAGAGACCAACAGCACAUGGAAAAAGAAAUGAAGACUCUGGAAGCAUCACUAAUUCAGCAGAGACCCCUCUAUAUAAAAGCAAAGGAAAACACUUCCUACCAAAUCAAGAAAGUAGAAAUGUCUAAAAAAUCUCUAAAGGACAAGGAGAAAUCCUGCGACAAGGAAAAGCAGAACAUAAAAGAACUAGAGAUAGAACUGAAUGAUGUUGAGAAGGCAUGGAGAGCAUUUGAGAAGAAAGCUGAAGAGCUUUUGCAGAAAGCCGCAGAUAUUCAGCUGUCAGAAAGUCAGUUGGAGCGCUAUAAAGAGCUAAAGGAAAUAACAAGAAAGAAAGUAGCUACACUAACCCAGCAGCUAGAAAAACUUCGUUGGGAGGAAAAAGCAGAUCAAGAAAGGCUGAAACUUAAUCGGAGGAAGAAAAAAGAAGUUGAGGAAAACAUAAAACAGACUGUGGAACAGAUAGAAGAGCAUAAAAAACGAAUAGAGAAGUUGGAAGAAUAUGCCAAGAAAUGCACUGAAUCAUUAGCAGAGAAGAAACAGCAAGAGGAAGUGCUGACUAAAGAAAUGGAAAAUGCGACAACACGAAUGGCUGAAGUGAAUGAAGAAUUGAACAAAAUAGUUGGUGAACUGCAGAAUGCCAAAAUUGAUUACCAUGAAGGAAGGCGUCAGCAAAUGAAAGCAGAGAUCCUGGAAAGUCUCAAAAGACUAUAUCCGGAUUCUGUG